AUGUCGUACAGCUCCGAGGCUCAGGUCGACGAGGCCUUCAACGCCGUCUCCAAUACCUUCAAGUCCAACGCCACCAAACCACUCGAAUGGCGCAUCAGGCAGCUCCGCAAGACGUGGUGGAUGCUCGAAGACAACCGUGAGCGCAUCGUGACGGCCCUCAACCAAGAUCUCAACAAGCACCGUCAAGAAACCCUCCCCGUCGACGUCGCCGGCAUCCAGAACGCCUGCCUCGAAGCCCUCGCCAACAUCAAAGAAUGGACCAAGGACGAGAAGCCCCGACGAACCGACCCCUUCAACUUGUUGGGCGGAGCGCGUAUCCGCAAGGAACCCAAGGGCGUAACCCUCAUCAUUUCAGCCUGGAACUAUCCUUUCAUGGAGCUCUUUGAGCCCAUGCUCUCCGCCAUUGCCGCCGGUUGCACCACUAUCCUCAAGCCCAGCGAGUUGGCGCCCGCGUCCGAGAGGCUGAUUGCCGAGAUUGUGCCCAAAUACCUCGACCAGAGCGCCAUUCGAGUCGUCACCGCGGGGCCGAAGCAAAUGAAUUAUCUGCUGGAGCGCAAGUGGGAUCACAUCUUCUUCACUGGCUCGACCGCCGUGGGCAAGAUCAUUUAUGCCAAGGCCGCGCCGAAUUUGACGACGGUGACGCUGGAGUUGGGCGGCCGGGGACCGGCCAUUGUGACGCCUUCAGCAGAUAUCGAUUUGGCCGCCAAAAGAAUUGCAAAUGCGAAAUUCAUGAAUGCCGGACAGAUCUGCGUCGGCGUCAACCAUGUCUUUGUCGAUCCAUCCAUCAAGCAAAAGUUCAUCGCCGCCCUGAGCAAGUACUUUGACGAAUACCGCUCUGGCCAGUCCCGGCAGCCAGCCUAUGCCACGCGCAUCGUCAACGAGCGCCACUACAAGCGUCUCGACAACCUUCUCGAAAAGACACAAGGCAAAAUCGUCUACGGCGGCGACCGCAACCCCGAGACGCGCUUCUUCGCACCCACCAUUGUCGACGGCGUCACCACCGACGACUCACUCCUCUCCGAGGAGCUCUUCGGCCCCAUCCUGCCCAUCCUGGACGCUACCCUCGAGCAGGCCAUCAACUACACAGUCCAGCAUGACCACCCCCUCGCCCUGUACGGCUUCACCUCCUCACAAGCCGACAAGGACAAGAUCCUGCGUCUGACAAACUCGGGCGGCGUGUGCUUCAACGACGCCAUCCUGCACAUGCUCGUCAAGGAUGCUCCCUUUGGCGGCGUCGGGGCGUCUGGCAUGGGCGCGUACCAUGGUCCCUUUGGCUUCAAGGAGUUUACGCACCUGCGAACGGUGGUCAAUGUCCCCGCGUGGAUGGAGUUGCUUCUCAAGGUCCGAUACGCGCCCUAUACCGACAAGAAGGCCGCUGCCAUGGUGCGAUCUACGGGCGCCAAGACCAGUGUGCCAUUUGACAGGAACGGCAACGACGUGACUAGCCUGGCGGGAUUUUUGACAAAGUCUACCAUCGCGGUGCUGUUCUUUGCGCUGUUGAAGUGGAAGGGCUGGUCGGUGACGGAUUUGAUUGCGAGCGUCAAGGGGAAAUAG